AGGAAGUUUACAUUCUAAUAGAAAACCCCGGAGAGAAAACCCAAAGCCCAACACUGGGUCACAUCCACAACACCUAGAAGCCACUGUUCUCCAGUUGCUGGACUGCGACUGCUGAGCUUGCGGAGGUGACUCCAGGAGGAACGGCUUGCUCUGUGGGAGCUGCCUGUCCCGCCCCUGGGUGGGGUGAAAGCUUGAGAAGCCACAGCGAGCCUGGAGCAGAGGGAGAUCAUCCUCCGCAGGCUGUGAGGCCAUCACAGAAGCUACAACAGACCUAGAAUCAGCAGCGGUCCCAGUACCAUGGGUGGAACUGCCUCCAGUCAGCUGGACGAGAGCAAAUGCACUUAUAUCCAAGGCAAAACUGAAGCUGCCUUCAAAAACUUUAGCCCACACUACAGUCGCCAGUAUUCUGUGGCCUUCUGCAAUGAUGUCUGGAAUGAAGUCGAACAGCAUAGAGAUUCAAGGUCCCAAUUCUUAAAAACCAAGCCACCUUUGGAUACAGAGACUGUCUUAUAUGAAGGAGAACUGUCACAUUUUGCAGAUGACCUUAAAAAAUGGAAAGACAGAUACAUCGUGGUUAAAAAUGAUUUUGCAGUGGAAAGCUAUGAGAACAAAGAGGCCUAUCAGAAAGGAGCCAGUCCUAAAAGUCGAAUUCUUCCAGCAGGCGGCAAAGUUUUAACCUCAGAAGAAGAUUACAAUUUAUUAUCUGACCGACAUUUUCCUGAUCCUAUUGCUUCCAGUGAAAAGGAGAAUUCUCAGCCCUUCCUUGUUUUACCAAAAGAAUUCCCAGUGUACCUGUGGCAGCCCUUUCUCAGACACAACUACUUCUGCUUCCAAGAUUCAGGAGCCCAAAAACAGUUCAGCGCUUUACUGAAUGACUGUAUUCGGCAUCUAAACCACGAUUAUUUGAAGCAGAAAACAUUUGAAGCCCAAGCCUUUUUAGAAGCAGUGCAAUUUUUCCGGCAGGAGAAAGGCCACUAUGGAUCAUGGGAAAUGAUCACUGGGAAUGAAGUCCAGAUUUUGAGCAACCUAGUGAUGGAAGAACUCUUGCCAACUCUUCAGACAGAUCUUCUACCCAAAAUGAAAGGAAAGAAGAAUGACAGGAAGAGAGCUUGGUUUGGUAUUUUAGAAGAAGCCUACAACUUGGUCCAGCAUCAAGUUUCAGAAGGAUUAAGUGCUUUGAAAGAGGAAUGCAGAACUCUGACAAAAGGCCUAGAAGGGACCAUUCGUUCAGACAUGGAUCAGAUUGUGAACUCAAAGAACUUCUUGGCUGGAAAAAUCAGAGUUAUGGUGGCUGAACCUGCUGGACGAACUUGUGCAGAGAGUGUGCAACCAUUCCUGUCUUCCAUACUGGAGGAACUCAUGGGACCAGUGAGUUCUGGGUUCAGUGAAGUCCGGGCCCUCUUUGAAAAAGAGGUGAAUGAAAUCAGCCAAAGUUUCCAGACCAACAAAGAUCUUACUCAGCUGAAAGAGCACUUGGACCAGCUGUUGAAUCUCCCACUGAACUCAGUGAAGAUGGAACCUUGUUAUUUGAAAGUUGACCUACUCCAAGAACAACUCCAGGACCUCAAGAGCCGCUUCAAGUUCCCCCACAUUGAUUUGGUGAUUCAGAGGACCCAAAACUACAUGCAAGAACUCAUGGAAAAUGCAGUCUACACUUUUGAGCAGCUUCUAUCUCCCCAUCAACAAGGAGACAUGUCAAAAAUCUCAACAACCAUUGAAAAAGUCAAGAAACGAGUCUUAAAGCAAUAUGAUUAUGAUAGCAGCACCAUCCGGAAGAUGCUAUUUCAGGAGGCACUGGUUCAGAUCACACUGCCCACCAUGCGCAAGGCACUGGCAUCAACAUGCAAACCGGAACUUCAGAAAUAUGAGCAGUUCAUCUUUGCAGAUCAUACCAAUGUGAUCCAGGUUGAAAAUGUCUAUGAGGAGAUUUUGUAUCAGAUCCUCCUUGAUGAAACUGUGAAUGUGAUAAAGGAGGCUGCUGUUCUCAAGAAACACAAUCUUUUUGAGGACAAUAUGUCUUUACCUUGUGAAAGUGUGUCCAGCUUAACUGAUCUAAAAACCCCCUCUGGGUCUAACCAGGCAAGUCCUGCCAAGAAAUCAUUGAAAGGCUUGGAAGCAAUUUCAGACCAUGAAAUAUCAAGUAAUGAAGUGUUCCUCACGUCAGAGGAGAAGAAGAGCCCAGAGGCCCAUCCCGAGUGUGCGUAUCCUUCUGCCAGAGAGGAAAACAUGCCUUUCUUGCUGUCUAGCCCUUCUCUAAAUGCCAGUGAGAAAGUGAUUAUUGCUAGGAUGUAUGACCAGGCUGAUUCAUCCCCUUUGAUUCUAGCAGCCCAAGAGGAAAAGGCAGAUCUUCUAAGCACAAACACACUUGGGAUGGAGUUUGGAGGAAUUCCUGAGAAAGCAAACCAGUCUGGAGAGAAAAUUCUUGCUCCAGACUCCUUGAAUGAGAUUAGAAAUUUGUUGGCAGUGACUAUCGAGGUGCCAACAGAUCCUACCCAGACAGAAAGAGGAGAUGCUAUGGGGGAUGAUGUGAACCACCAGGGGAAAGGAAGUGAGAAUGGAGAAAAGAAUGAAGAAACCCAAAUUAAUAAAGAGUCAAAACCAACAUCCAUAUUCCAUUUGGAAGACCACACUUUUGGUGAGCUCAGUGCCAAGGUAUCUUUUCCUUCCAGUCUCGAGACCAGUGGUACAAAUUCAAUGCAGUUCCCAGAGGGGAGCAGCUGUGGGCCUCAGCCAGAUUGUGUUAACUUCUCAGGGGAACACAGAGAAGGGGAAACAGAGUCAGAAGCUGCUACCAGUGUCUGGUAUACUGAAGCAGAUAAUUGUAAAGUUCCCCAAAGUGAUCAACUGCCAAUGACAAGUAUGUAUAGAGGGGGCACUUCCACGUUGCAAGAAUCAGAAAGAGCCCAGCUCCAAGACAUCCCAAAAGGAGCUGAAAUGGAAAGCACAUCUGCCUUUUUUCUUAAGAGUAAGCUUUUAACUACAGAAGAUUGCAUUUUGGAUGCUGACCCCACCAAAAUGGAAUCUGCUGGGCAGAGCUUCAUUUCUCUGAAGCAGGAGAAAGAGAAUAAUCCCCUUGCACAAAUAUAGGUACCCAAAGAUUCAGAACCCCAAUAGCUUAACAAUGCUGGUAGGAUGACAAGUGCCAGUGGAUACAUGAAAAUGUUCCAGGCAUGAAAGGCAAAAUCUCCUUGUAAAAAUAACCAGGAGAGCUAUACAGAGCACCAGUCCAAAAAUCAGCCAAGGUAUAUUGGUGGGAGAGUUUCUCUCUAAAAACAAUUAGUUAAGAAUUAUUAGGAGAUUUGUUUAGGGUUUUCAUGCAGGUUUCUAUGAGAAAAAUAUUAUAAGCCUUUCUGCACAGGGGUUACAUGUGAUUGGACAAUCUCUUAUUAAUAAACUGCAAGCUCCUAUUAAUAAGCAAUGUUAUUGUGGAUGAAAAGAAAAAAAAAGAAAAAUAUUACAAGAAGAUCCUUUAAACUAAAAAGUGAAACCAAAAAGAAAGCCUUAGUUACCAUAUCCAAGCAGCAGCCCUCCCUGGCAAGGCAAACUGUUCUGUGGAAAUGAUUGCUUCAGUUUUCAAAAGAAUUUCAAAAAUAAUGGAGUAACCUGAUUUAGGAGGGACAGAGAGAGGGGGAGAGAUGGAGUAGAGAAAGGGCUAAGAAAAGGUGGAAAUGGAGUGGAGAGGGGAAGGAAGGAAAGAGGAAGGAAGAAAAAGACAUGGGAGGGAGGGAGAGAGAGAGAUGGGGCAUUUGUAGCUAGGAAACUGUGAUCAGGUUUCAUAAUCCUCUCUCUCUCUCUUCCCCCUUAAAAAGACUAAUGCAAAUGUUUACAGUAAUGUCAGUUUUCACUAUUCAUUAAUAUUCCAGCUUCUCUGUCUCCUAGGAGUUCAUCAAUCAUCCACAGCCAGGCUGAACAAAACAGCAAGCUCAUUAACACAGUCAUUGCAGCAAUUUGAGGCCCAUACAUGUGAAUUAUGUUAUAAACGUAGGGAUCCUAAUGAGGGGAAACGGAAAAGUCUCAAGAAAGAAAGGUUGUAGCCAAUUAAACUUCUCCUCAGACCCAUUAACCCAUUGGAAUUGGGAAUUUCUUGCAAUCACCUGCCACUUUUGUAUUUGUAACUUUGGUUUUUGGUUUCACAUUCAACAAACAUUUUUAUUAGGCUAUCUACUGUGUGCCAGGCACUAUGUCACGCUCUGCAGAUAGAAACACAACAAACUGAACAAUCCCUCCUCUCAGGGAGCUUACAUUUUCCUCAGGUGUUGGGGUGGAGAGUGAAAAGGAGAAUACAACAUUUUUCUUGCAACUUUAUAUUGGGAAAAUAUUCAGAUCUGCCAAUCAAGUUCACUUUGCAUUUGUGAAUCUCAGAUGAAAAAACAGUUGGUCCUCCUUAUUUGUAGUCUGUAGGACAAAUCUGAACUGGGUUGUCUAACUAAAACCAAACAAACAACAAUGGCAACAACAAGAAGCAACCAAAGGCAAAGUUCAAGGUAGAUUUAUUCUGGAAAGGAAGAAAUUGUGAAUUUUUAAAAAUUCUUGAUAGACUGACAUUUUUCUAUGGAGACUUUGGGGCUAUUUCAGAAAAUAAAGAAAGAAGUCAGGUUUCAUGCCAAUUAAUUAUAUAGAUAUUAUCAAAAUCAAAAUGUAUGAUAGUAUUUUUAAAAAAAUAUUUUGUAACCCACUAGAAGAGCAAUAGGAUGUUGGAGUUGGCAAAAGGACCUUACAGGUAGAUUAUUUAGACCAAUUUCAUAUUACUGACGAAGGAAACCAAGGCCCUGAGAAAUCAGGUGACUCAGCCAAGGUCAUACAAUUAUAUAAUGUUAGGACUAGAGCUCAAGCCAAUAUGUACUCUCUAUAAUCAAGUGCUUUCUUCCACUAGAUUUUGCUACCUUGACCAAAAGGUUUAAGACAAUUGUUCCAAUUCGGAGUUGAAUAAAACAUAAGUGGGGUACUCUAGUGGAUAGAGUGCCAGGCCUGGAGUUAGGAAAACUCAUCUUCUUGACUUCAAAUCUGGCCUUGGACAUUUUCUAGUUGUGCAAUCGUGGGCAAGUCACUUAAUGUUGUUUGCCUCAGUUUCUCUAUCUGUAAAGUAAGCUGGUGAAGGAAAUGUCAAGCCCCUUUAUUAUUUUUUUGCAAAACCCAAACAACCUAAAUGGGGUCAAGAAGAGUCAGAUAUAACUGAACAACAACAACAAAGAAAUAAAUGCUUUAAUUUUUUUCAAAUUUGGAGAUAUGAUUUCAUUACUGUUGAGAAGUCUCUCCAUUUAUGCAUAUUGGCAAUGUGUAGUUUUGAGAGUUAUUUGCAGCACUGGGAGGUUAAGCACUUUGCCCAGGGUCACAGUUUGUAUUUAUCAGAGGCAAGUCUUGAACUCGGAUUUUCCUCACUCCAGGGUUGGUCCUCUAUCAUAUUGCACAGCCUCUUAUGCCUUUAAUGGGGGCUUUCAUUUACUUCUUUUGUGAUUUUUAAUAUCAAGCUUAUGAUGAACCUAAAAUAGAACUUAGCACUGUUGAAGGUCUAGGAAUAUUAUCCUUAGGUUCUCUGAUUAUUAGUCUAGCCCAAUCUACAGACAUUUGCAUCAAUGAUUUCUUGCCAUCACAGUCACUUUUAUGCAUUAAUUUUUGAUGAUAACUAUGUGACUAUCAACUGGUUGCUGACUUUGGGAGUGGGGAACAUUUCCUCCAGAGAGGAAUUAUUGUGUUUUGUGAUUUGCACUUUGUCCACUUGCUACUUCUAAAGAUAUGUGCGCUUUGCUAUGAAUACAGGUAGCAAAUUACCUUUUCAGAGAAAGAUUUUUGGAGACUCGGAUUUAGCAAGCUCUUCCUGAAAUUGUGCCAAAAGCUUCAGGAUUCUUUGGCGUGGACUUUUUUGUGAAUAUCUGGGUCCCACACUUCUCGAAGGAGCUGACAAUUAUUUCAAGAAGCAUAACAAAAUUCUUUGGUGGUAGUGGGAAAUGUUUCUUUAGAAAAUAAGCAUUUUUAAAUUUGCUUUCAAUAUUUAAAUAGACCAUAUGCCAGGGAGCAAAAUUUUUCAAAGAAAGGGAAGAUGUUAUGAAAUCAGUCAUUGAUUGUAGUGUUGUGAUUGUAAGACUUGGGGAAACUCUUGUUUUUGCACCUUGUUGCUACAGGAUUGAGACAAACCUUCCGAAUUAUGUGCUGAUUCUUUGUAGCAGUUUUAAGAAAACGAAAUAUGAUCCUUAUGAACCUACUCCCUGUAGAUUGUUUCAUCUAGUUUCUGAGAAAAGUUAAUUAAAUUCAAAACACUUUGUAACCAUCUAUUUGCCUUCUAAGGUGCUUAUAUUCCAAUAAAAUGUUUCUCCAAUAAAA